AUGGUCAAGGCUUCCACCCUCCUUCUCGGCGCCGGCGCCGCCUUCGCUGCCGCCGCUCCCACCGAGCUCGCUGAGCGUGCCAGCUGCACCUUCACCGAUGCCGCCUCCGCCAUCAAGGGCAAGAGUUCUUGCAGCACCAUCACCCUCAAGAACAUCGCCGUCCCGGCUGGCGAGACGCUUGACUUGACCAAGCUCAAGACCGGCACCCACGUCAUCUUCGAGGGCACCACCUCCUUCGGCUACAAGGAGUGGAAGGGUCCCCUCAUCUCCGUCUCCGGUACCGACAUCACCGUCACCGGUGCCUCUGGCCACGUUAUCGAUGGCAACGGCGCCAAGUGGUGGGACGGCAAGGGCACCAACGGUGGCAAGACCAAGCCCAAGUUCUUCUACGCCCACUCGCUCAAGGGCAAGUCGACCAUCAAGGGCCUGAACGUCAAGAACACGCCCGUCCAGGGCUUCUCGGUCAACAGCUCCCAGGGCCUCACCCUUGACAGCAUCAAGAUCGACAACUCGGCUGGCGACAAGACCAACGGUGGCCACAACACGGAUGCCUUCGAUGUCGGCAGCUCUUCCGACAUCACCAUCAGCAACGCCAACAUCCAGAACCAGGACGACUGCCUUGCCAUCAACUCUGGCACCAACAUCAAGUUCAUCGGCGGCACUUGCUCUGGUGGCCACGGCAUCUCCAUCGGCUCCGUCGGUGGCCGCAGCGACAACACCGUCAAGGGUGUCACUGUCCAGAACUCGACCAUCAAGAACUCCCAGAACGGCGUCCGCAUCAAGACCGUCUACGGUGCCACCGGCUCUGUCUCUGAUGUCACCUACGAGAACAUCACCCUGGAGAAUAUCGAAAAGUACGGCCUCGUUAUCCAGCAGGACUACAAGAACGGCUCUCCUACCGGCACGCCCACGACCGGAGUCCCCAUCACCGACCUCACCCUCAAGAACAUCAAGGGCACGGUCAAGUCCAGCGGCAUCAACGAGUACAUCCUGUGCGGAAAGGGUUCGUGCUCGAACUGGUCUACCUCUGGAGUUUCCAUCUCCGGCGGCUCCAAGAAGAAGACUUGCUCCAACAUCCCUAGCGGCUCCGGUCUCAGCUGCUAA